AUGGAAGCCUGCGAUGGUCUUUCGGUUCCUCCUGUCGAGAAAACCUCCGGUGUUUCCCCAGUUACUUCAAAUGAUAUGUCUGCGAAGAAGAAUUCGGAGAGCAAGGGGAGAUUCGUAAUUCGUAUCCGUUUGCAAAGCAAAAAAUCCGACAACGACGGUAGUCCUGUGCAAAUCAACCCAAGUCCAGCGGAGAAAGAUGAGGAGAAGAAAAAGGAGCCGUGGGGUUUGAGACCCAGAAGGCCAUGGCAUCGCGUUCCUGAGAAAGACAAGGCCGAAGAAACGAAGGGCAAGGAGAUUCCAGAGAGGAUGAGGAAGCUUCCGGUGGCGCUGUCGAGGGAAGAAAUCGAAGAGGAUCUGGCAUUCUUGACGGGUGGUAAGAGACCGAGAAAGAUGCAGAAGAGACCAAGGAGCGCGCGUCAACAUAACGACGACCUUUUCCCUGGUGCGCACUUGGGUUCGAUUACGGUCAAGAGUUACAAUGUCCAUCCAUAG